AUGUUUUUAGAUAGACAAUAUCAACCUUUGGCUCCUAAAAUAAAAUCUACUACAUUAUUACCUUAUAAGCCAUGCGGGAAAGGAAAAACCAAAAUAGCAAUGAAAUACAGGGAAGACAAAAGACAAAGACAGAUCACUGCAUCUAAACGAUUACCCGGGCUAAUGAAAAAAGCUGCACAAUAUAGUGAAUUAACUGGUGCCAAAGUAGUCGUUCUAGUACGAGAUGAACAACGUAGGGUUUACAGAUAUUGCUCGGAAGGUGAAAGUAAUAUUGAGAAAUCUGCAAAUAGAAUGUUGACUGAUCCUGCUGAAAAGAUUUUUACAACUGAACAGUUUAGUGAGUAUUCUGAUUUCCAAAAUGAGAAUUCGGAGAAAAAUGAAAUUUCAACAAAUAAUGAUUCAAAUUUACAGAAAUACGAAAAAAAAGAUAUUGAAAUUAAAACAAAUGAGAAAGAACCUGAAGGAAACCAUAAUAACAUUUAUGAAAUAUUAAGACUAGAUGAAAAUGAUAUAAAUUCGACAGAGCCUCUUUUAAAUUCUAUCAAUGAUAAUUAUCUUCAAUGGCCGAUUACAUUUAUAAAAUCGUCAACUUAUUCUGAUCUAUCACCACAGAUACAUGAAAUGAAAUUGUCUGGAUCGGCUUCAUCUUUUCCUUAUAAUACGUUAAAUACUGUAAACUAUAAUAGAAAUACAUCUGAUACUCCAGAAAAUUUUUUUAAUUAUUAUUCAAAUACAACUGAAAUAAAUUCAGGUUUUGAGAAUCAAGAAAAUAGUUUUAUGAAUUCAGAAGUUUUAUGGUAUCCUAAGAAAUUGAAGAUGUUUGAUUAA